AUGUUAUUAAGCAUGGAUGUGAUGAAGAUGCGAGACUGGACCUAUCUGGAGGACCCCCCUAAAGAUAUCGGUCCAGCUCGACAUAUUCUCGAGGUAUACAGCAAAAUUCCUUACAAUGACCUCGACGAUCACAUCCGCCGUGUUCGCGAGAAGGCCUGGUGCAUAUCCCGCUACCCCUUUGUUGGGCGAUGGAAGUUUCUCUACAUCCCCGACCCCAAGGACCCUCGCUACCAGCAGGUCCUCUUCCGUCUCAACGUCGCCGGCUCAAGAGAUGUCCUACUCGACUUGGGCUGCGGCGUUGGACAGGUCAUCCGGCAGUUCCGCGCUGAUGGCGUGGAUGGCGCACAAUUAAUUGGCACAGACCUGCAAUCCAAGUUUAUCGACAUCGGCUACGACCUCUUUCAGGAUCGAGACCUGCUCGGUGCGACAUUUGUUGCAGGCGACAUGUUGGAUCCCGAGGACAAGGAGCUGGACACAUUACGCGGCAAGAUCACCCUCGUCCACGCCGGCAGUUUCUUCCACCUCUUCAACUGGGUCCAACAACUGUACAUGGGGAAGCGUCUAGUUGAAUUUCUCAAGCCCGGGACGAGAAACGCGAUGAUAUAUGGCCGCCAAGUCGGGACGAACCAUCCCGGUCCCUCCUCUACCAGCAAUCGAUCUGCCUAUCUACAUGACCAAGCAAGCUUUCAACAGCUCUGGGAUGAAGUUGGUGCGAUGACAAAGACGCGAUGGCAGGUACAGCUCGAACCGACUGGAGAGCCAGUCUGCAAACUGCCCGGCUUUAGCAACAAUGCAUUCCCAGUCAACUUUACCAUUUACCAGGUCUCUUGA